ACAUUUCAGAAGACAGGGAGCCGUGCGUGAACACGAGAACUUGGCUGGAACGGCUCCACCGAUUUAUUAUAAUCAUACGCACGAUCCGGUUUAUAAAACAUUUGGUUGCUGGCCCUAUAAAACAAGGACACAACAAGGAUGGAAUGGCAGCCAGAUGAACAGGGCCUCCAGCAGGUUUUGCAGCUCUUGAAAGACUCCCAGUCCCCGAACACAGCAACACAGAGAGCCGUGCAACAAAAACUAGAACAACUGAACCAGUUUCCGGACUUCAACAACUACCUGAUCUUUGUGCUCACCAGACUUAAAACUGAAGAUGAGCCGACGCGUUCCCUGAGCGGCCUGAUCCUGAAGAAUAAUGUGAAGGCGCACUACCAGAACUUCCCUCCUGCUGUGGCCGACUUCAUCAAGCAGGAAUGCCUCAACAGCAUCGGGGACCCCUCCCCCCUCAUCCGCGCCACCAUCGGUAUCCUGAUCACCACCAUCGCGUCCAAAGGGGAGCUGCAGACGUGGCCUGAGCUGCUGCCUCAGCUCUGCACCCUGCUCAACUCCGAGGACUACAACACCUGUGAGGGUUCGUUCGGCGCGCUGCAGAAGAUCUGCGAGGACUCGUCUGAGCUGCUGGACAGUGAUGCCCUCAACCGGCCCCUCAACAUCAUGAUCCCCAAGUUCCUCCAGUUCUUCAAGCACUGCAGCCCCAAGAUCAGGUCUCAUGCCAUUGCCUGUGUGAAUCAGUUCAUCAUUGGCAGAGCACAGGCUCUGAUGGACAACAUCGACACUUUCAUAGAGAGCCUGUUUGCGCUGGCUACAGACGAGGACUCUGAGGUCCGGAAGAACGUGUGUCGUGCGCUGGUCAUGCUGCUGGAGGUCCGCAUCGACCGCCUCAUCCCUCACAUGCACAGCAUCAUCCAGUAUAUGCUACAGCGUACGCAGGACCCCGAUGAGAACGUGUCGCUGGAGGCCUGUGAGUUCUGGCUCACGCUGGCGGAACAGCCCAUCUGCAAAGACGCGCUCUCUGGACACCUGGCACAACUCACGCCCAUUCUAGUCAACGGCAUGAAGUACUCUGAGAUUGACAUCAUCCUACUCAAGGGCGAUGUGGAGGAGGACGAGGCGGUGCCGGACAGUGAGCAGGACAUCAAGCCGCGCUUCCACAAGUCGCGCACGGUGACGCUGCAGCACGAGGGCGGGGAGGGGGAGGAGGGCGAGGACAUCGACGAGGACGACGACGACGAUGACGACACACUCUCCGACUGGAACCUACGGAAGUGUUCUGCGGCCGCUCUGGACGUUCUAGCUAACGUGUUCCGUGACGACCUCCUGCCCCACCUGCUGCCCCUGCUGAAGGGUCUGCUGUUCCACCCCGACUGGGUCGUCAAGGAGUCCGGCAUCCUGGUACUGGGGGCCAUCGCAGAGGGCUGUAUGCAGGGCAUGAUUGCGUACCUGCCCGAGCUGAUUCCACACCUGGUGCAGUGCCUGUCGGAUAAGAAGGCGCUGGUGCGUUCCAUCGCCUGUUGGACUCUGAGCCGCUACGCCCACUGGGUGGUCAGCCAGCCGCCCGACCAGUACCUGAAGCCCCUGAUGACCGAGCUGCUCAAGCGCAUCCUCGACGGCAACAAGAGGGUGCAGGAGGCCGCCUGCAGUGCGUUUGCUACUCUGGAGGAGGAGGCUUGCACAGAGCUGGUUCCGUAUCUGGCGUUUAUUCUGGACACGUUGGUGUUCGCCUUCAGCAAGUACCAGCACAAGAACCUGCUCAUCCUCUACGACGCCAUCGGAACCCUCGCCGACUCCGUGGGACACCACCUCAACCAGCCGGAGUACAUCCAGAAGCUGAUGCCCCCCCUCAUUCAGAAAUGGAACGAGCUCAAGGACGAGGACAAGGACCUCUUCCCCCUGCUAGAGUGUCUGUCGUCGGUGGCAACGGCGCUGCAGAGCGGAUUCCUCCCGUACUGUGAGCCUGUGUACCAACGCUGUGUUACCCUGGUGCAGAAAACCCUCGCACAGGCCAUGAUGUACACGCAGCACCCUGAGCAGUACGAGGCGCCGGAUAAGGACUUCAUGAUCGUGGCGCUGGACCUGCUGAGCGGGCUGGCCGAGGGGCUGGGGGGGCACGUGGACCAGCUGGUCGCCCGUAGCAACAUCAUGACCCUCCUCUUCCAGUGCAUGCAGGACAGUAUGCCUGAGGUCAGACAGAGCUCUUUCGCGCUGCUAGGAGAUCUGACCAAAGCCUGCUUCCCCCAUGUCAAGCCCUGCAUCGCGGAGUUCAUGCCAUCUGUGUGUAACAACGCCACCUGGGCCAUCGGGGAGAUCGCCAUGCAGAUGGGAGCGGAGAUGCAGCCCUAUGUGGCCCUGGUCCUUAAUAACCUGGUGGAGAUCAUCAACAGACCCAACACCCCCAAAACCCUGCUGGAGAAUACAGCCAUCACGAUUGGCCGGCUGGGCUAUGUGUGUCCACAGGAAGUCGCUCCCGUGUUGCCGCAGUUCAUCCAGCCCUGGUGCUCGUCCUUAAGGAAUAUCCGUGACAACGAGGAGAAAGACUCCGCAUUCCGCGGAAUCUGCAUGAUGAUCGGCGUCAAUCCAGGCGGUGUGGUCCAGGACUUCAUCUUCUUCUGUGAUGCAGUGGCGUCGUGGGUCAGUCCAAAGGAUGACUUGAGAGACAUGUUUUAUAAGAUUCUGCACGGCUUCAAGGACCAGGUGGGGGAGGAGAACUGGCAGCAGUUCUCAGAGCAGUUCCCCCCUCUGCUGAAGGAGCGGCUGUCCACCUGCUACGGGGUCUAGCACACACUCCACACACACGACAUGCCUGAGAGGUCCACUUGCAGAAGGAAGGAACUCCUCCAUGUCUGUGCUCAACUUCCCUGACGGAUGGAGAGGGGUUGUGACGUCGCCACACACACACACACACACACACACACACACACACAUGCAUACAAACACACUCACACACACACAACCUCUCUCCGAUGCGUGUGUGUCUGUAAGGGGAGUGGGGAGGGGGGUGGAGUCUGGGGUAGGUUAAUGACUUCAUGGGAACGGGUGAGGGCUCCUGAUUGGCUCUCAGUUCUCCAUAUGGGUUAGAGGGGGUGUGGCCUCUGCCAAGGGGUUAAUGUGGGUGGGAGGGCAUGCAGGCAAUUAUCCUUCCAGCCAUAGCCACACACACACCACACACACACCACACACACACACACACACACACACACACACACACACAAUGUACUCAGGCGUGUGUGUGUCAUUCACUAGUCAGUAACUUGCGCUAUUGGCUGGGCUGUAGAGCCAAAAAAUCCUUUAGCGCCCCCCACUGGCGGGCUGUAGGUAUCACACCUCAGAUGCUCCAACAGGUCUGUUUCUUUUCUUUUGUUAAAGGGGAGGGAGGGCAGCUAGUUCUACUCAUCUUUGUAUCGCUCCGUCGCUUGUGGACUGCAUCCUGCAGGUAGCUGGUUCCCACCCGCUCCAUUUGGGCCCAGUUCUUGUGGCCCACAUCCUGCAGGUAGCCGGUUCCUAGCUGGUUCCCACCCGCUCCAUUUGGGCCCAGUUCUCGUGGCCCACAUCCUGCAGGUAGCCGGUUCCUAGCUGGUUCCCAGCCGGUCCACUUGGGCCCGGUUCUGGGGGCGGCUGCUGCUUGUGAGCUCAUCCCCUCGUGUAGUCCUCCUGUGGCCACAGCCUGGAGCAGCGCCCGCACUUCACUCUUCCAGCCUGCGGGGGGCGAUCUACACUGCAGUCAGGCUAGGUCACCUAGGAAACCUGAGACUAGUCCCCUCCCCCUUGGCCUUGCUGUGGGCGGGGUCCCAGGGAGGAAAUGCACAUCGUCAUAGCGACUGUUACUGUAGCAACGUGCAGGUGAUGGGUGGUGUGCAAGGGGCCAGUCCCAGCUGUGGCUCAGAGCCAAGGUGUGUGAGUGAGCGCAGGUGGGCCUUGGUAGUGAUUGUCCGCAGGUGUGUGUGUGUGUGUGAGCGCAACCGGGCCUGGGUAGUGAUUGUCCUUCUCUCUGAUGUGAUGUGUGUGUAGCUCUGAAUGCUAGUGGGAGGGUAAAUGCUGAGGUAGCGUGUGUGUGUGUGUGUGUGUGUGUCCUGAGGUAGGAUGUGUUUUGAAUACUUGAGAUUGAGCUCGGGGCAGAUCCGGUCUGGCCCUCUGUCUGCUGCCUGCGUGGGGGGGGGGGGG